AUGAACCAACCAGAGGUGGCUCCAUAUGGGGGUUUCAUAGUAAAGUCACUAGAAGAUGAAAAAGCCAAUGAAGCUAAAAUUGAAGAAUUAUCAAUAGAAGUUGACUACAAUGGGACAGUACAAAAAAUAAGACCAGAAGCAUUCAAAUUAAAUGGAGUUGAUAAUUUAUCAACUGAAGAAAUUAAAUCAUAUAUUGAUUAUUAUUUAAAUUACACUGUUACUCAAGAUGAAGAAAAUGGAGAACUUAAAUACAAUCAGAUCCCAUUUGAUGAUCAAAUAACGUUUCGAGUUGAAUGGAUUGAUGAUUCAAAUGUUGUUAUUGUUUUUAAAACUAAUCAAGAUCAAAUAAAUGCAUUAAGACAAAUUAGAAGAAUAGCGACAACAUUAGAUGAAAAUGAUCCAAAUUUUAUUAAUGAAGUAAUACAAGAGGUUGAUGCAAAAGAUUAUAAUCCUAUAAUACAAUUUCGUAAAAGUCAAAGUUUAUCAAAUAGAUUAGGAUUACCUGAAAAAGAUCCAAAUGAAGUUACAAGUAUAGAAGAAGAUGAAACAUCCAUUGAAUUAAAAAUAAGACAAGCUUUUCAAUCAGAUAGAAAAGUUAAAAAUGCUUCUCAAUAUUCAAGAUAUUAUUUAGUACAUGGUGAACCUGAACGAGAUCUACAUCCAAGAAGACAUAAACAUCACCAUAGACGAAGUAGACGUGAUGGUGAAUCAAUAGAAAUAAAAGCGAAUGAGCCAGAAGAAGAGGACUUGUUUGCUGACAAACUAAAAGGAAACAACGGGAGAAAAACUGAGAUCAGAAAUGGAGAUGAUGAAGAAGAAGACUUAUUUGCCAACAAGUUAAAGAAAACUAGGUCAAGAUCACCUACGAGAAAUAAUGAUAAUGGACGUUACAGACAGAGAUACUAA